AUCAAAGAAGGUUCCCAAAGUGCGUGCUUCUCAAAGUCAGCAUGGAGUUCUUCUCUCGGUUUGUGACGCUGCUGUUGACCAGCACCCUGUUUCUUACUGCACAAUGCAUGACAUCCUCUGGUCGUGCCGGCCAUGGUCUAAUCGGCUAUGGUAUCAACAUGUACUUUCCUUACUGUUGCACUGCAUGCCGUAAUGUUUUGUCCGGUAGCCAGCUCAAUUGCUCCGAAGUCAUGGAGAUGCAAGACAUGGGGGGAAUGGACAUGGGGGGAAUGGACAUGGGCGGUGGCGAGUUUAUGACCAUGCCUGAGUGUUAUGCCACCGACGAUGCAUUCCUCCAGUCGCUUGCACUCUGCAUCAGCCAACGCUGUCCCAAAGACCCCAACGAACACGACCUCGAGGACUGGCAAAUUGAAAAAUGGUGGGCGAUGAAUGUGGUUGGGAGUGCAGCUGUGCAACCUGACCCAAAGGAAUCCUACGCAAAGGCAUUGGCCAAGGUAACCACUGUGCCAACGGAAACCCUGGUGGCGGGCGAUCCUCUGAACCGAACAAUGUUGGUGUCUGUCGAAGACUAUCAACCCAACUGGAAUGCCGACAAGAUAUUCGAGCAUAUCGAGAUCCUCCACGAGCGCUACGGCCUGGUCGUGUUCCUUUCUGGGGUCGUCAUCCCCGUGGGCUUCUCACUCCUCCGUUUCGUUCCCUUCCCAGACCGCUGGGUCACUCUCUUCAACGCCUGGAUCGUCGACCCUCCCGCAGCCGGCCGACAUCACAAAGUGCCCAUAUUUUGGGGAUUGACCAAUAUGCCUACCCGAGGACAGGCCUUGUUUGUCGCAUACUUGACCAUUCUCAAUCUCCUUCUCUGUGCCACCGGGUACUCCUCCAGACAGCCAAACAGCUGGUGGCCGGAUGAUCGGGACCGCGAAAUCCUCACCUAUGUGACCAACCGAACGGGAGUGCUCAGUUUCGCCAACAUCCCGCUCCUCAUCCUGUACGCCGGCCGCAACAACAUACUGCUGUGGCUGACCAACUGGAGCCACGAUACAUUCGUCCUGCUGCAUCGCUAUGUCGCUGCAAUCGCUACCAUACAGGCCAUUGUCCAUUCUCUCAUCUACCUCUACAUCUAUAAUGUGGAUGGUGAGCACUCCAGCGAAAGCAAACUUCCGUAUUGGUACUGGGGAGCAAUCGCAACCAUAGGCAUGUCGAUCUUGCUUCCGACCUCGAUCCUACCGCUCCGGCGAAUGCUCUACGAGGCUUUCCUCCUGUGGCACAUCGCCGUCUCCGUCCUGGUCGUGGUGGGAUGCUACCUGCACAUCUACGAUCGCUUCGGUCACCAAUGGGGAUACGAGGUUUGGAUUUAUGUUGCGAUUGCCGUCUGGGGGUUCGACCGACUCCUCCGGAUUGGCCGGUUUGUCCGCGCCGGUCUUCGAUAUGCGAGAGUCACCGUUAUAGACGACGAUUAUGUCCGUGUCGACAUUGAAGGCGUCGGCGCUAACGGCCACGCCUACCUUUACUUCCCCACGCUGACGUGGCGGGUGUGGGAGAACCACCCGUUCUCUGUCGCGUCGACCAUGCUCAACGGCACUCCCAAGCCAUCCGUGUCCGGAACGGAUGUGAAAUCCUCGAUGACCGCCGAUGUCGAGAAAGACGGCGGCAUCUCAACGGGCGUCAGCUCGGACCACUCCAGCGACGGGGAAAUCGAUGACCGUCAGAUCCCACCGCCAAAACUGGGGAUAACUUUCCUGCUCCGCACCCGCGGUGGUCUAACCUCGAUCCUGCGCUCGCAGUCCAGGAUCCCCGUGCUCGUCGAGCCCGGGUACGGACAGCAGCACACCGAUCUCUCAGACCACCCCACGCUGAUCUGCAUCGCCGGUGGCGUGGGGAUCACCACGGUCCUCCCCCUGCUGCGCAGCCAUCCAGGCAGAACCAAGCUCCUGUGGGGUAUGCGUACUCCCGCCCUCGGCGAAGCGAUGGCCGGCCAGCUGGAGGGAGUGGAGAAGCAAUUCUUCGUCGGCAAGCGGAUGAACGUGCGCGAGGAGCUGGAGAGAGAGAUGGUGAGUUCUCCUGUGGCCGGCGACAAUUGCGCUGUUGUCGUGAGUGGUCCGGACGGGAUGGCGGACGACGUGAGGAAUGCGGUAUGCGAGAUUGCCAAGAGGACGAAGCAUCUCAAGGUGAAGCUGGUGGAGGAGUCAUUCUCAUGGUAGGAUGAAUCUCUGCAGAGAAUUUUUCCGAAGACACCUAACUACAUCUAUCAAGUGAUCUAUCCAGCAGUAGAACGUCCCAUACAUUUGUUCCACCUUCGUCAGCCCUUCAGGAUUGACCGUAUGCGAGCAGAUUUCAUCCCG